CUAUCGCCAGAGCAGCUCGAAGAACAACUUUUGGCAAUAGAUCUUGUUCUAUCUAUGUUCAGUCUUCCAGGAGAGAUUGAGCGACUCGAGUCUACCCAAGAUUCAGCUGAACAGCUUCGACGGUAUAUCGAGGAUCCUGCCUCAUCGACCUCGCAGUUGCCGUCAUCGAUCGAUUUGACAAUCAACCUUUCGAUCGAGGCAGGACACGAAGUGCAGUUGCACGUGCAUUUUCCAUUGGAGGUCUUGAAUGAUAGCAAAAUAGAAGCUGACUCUACCGAACCUCCGCCUCCAGUUAUAUCCUUCCGGUGCCCUUCAUGGAUGAAUCGCAAAAGCCAUGCUGAGAUUGUUCGCCGUCUGCCGGUCCAAUCUCCAGAUCCGAUACUCACGGUUGUGGACUUCUUGAAAGAGGAAGUGGCAAAAUGGCUCACCUCGUCAGCCGCAUCAACAGAUCCUGGCGAGCUAGGACAGGAGGAUCAAGCGUUGAUGCGAGUCUGGUUCUACCUACAAUCCCUAUCUACUCGUUCUAAACGCGAUGACAUGGUGAAUUGGGCCCCCAACUACGGUCUUACUGGAUUUGUACUCGCUGGGAAGCCUGGAAUUCUCUGCCUAGAAGGCACGUCUAGCAACAUAUCCGCGUACAUGUCUGAAAUCAAGACGAGAUCUUGGUCUGACAUCCCCCCACACCAGAAAAAGAUAUCCGAGCGGCAUAGGGAGGAAGGCCAAGAUGUCCAGAGAGUGUUUAAAGAAAUGAGAGAGGUGACGGGAGAGAUAUCGAAAGGCGGCCACAGGGGUAACCGUGGGGAGAUGGGCGAGGUGAAACAGAUGUUCGAGCAGGUUGGCCUCGGGGAUAUAUUUGUGAAGGUUCUA